AUGAGCGGCGCUAUCAAAGCGCUCUAUAUCUACGAUGAAUACAACGCCCCGGUUCUAGAGCAUGCGUAUCGGUCUCGGCUGCCCUCCGCAUCGUCCCUCAUUCGACUGUUCCUCGCACACCCCGCGCCGCGUCCUUCGUUGAUCUAUCUACCAGAGGCCUCACCCCCCGUCACAGUCUUCUCCAUUGUCCACUCAAAUCUACUCUUCCUUUCUCCUAGCGAUGUCGACACCGAGCCGCUACUCGUUCUGGAGUUUAUGCGCCGAGUCGUGGACGUUCUCGAGGAGUUCGUCGGUGCGCCAUUGCUGUCGACCAAGCUGCAGAUGAACUAUGAUGUUGUUGCGCAGCUUCUGACCGAAAUGUGCGAUGCGGGACUGGUCAGCAGCACGGAAAUCAAUACACUCCAGGAAAAUGUAGAGACGCCGAGUUGGAUGAAUAAAUUCUUGAGUGGGGUGGGGUUACCAGGAACAUCAUCACCAGCGCUGGCUCCACUGAAUCCGCUCAAACCGCAAUUACCAAGCGCAGCUGCUUCAGUCUCGGGGCCGGCCAUCCCAUGGCGACGACCUGGCAUACGCCAUACCUCGAACGAGUUAUAUGUCGAUAUAAUCGAAACAUUAUCAGUCACAAUAGCGCCUUCUGGUCGUCUGCUCUCCGCUCUUGUUUCGGGCACAAUUGCAUUUACGGCCAAGAUAUCCGGAGUUCCCGAUCUUCUUUUAAUACUCACGACACCUGGCGGCCAGAGAGCGCUCAAUCAGAAAAUGGAACUUCCAGUAUUCCACCCUUGUGUUCGACUUGCGCGAUGGAGGGAACGGCCCGGAGAACUGAGCUUUGUGCCUCCUGAUGGUCGUUUUAUACUUGCUGGAUACGAAGCAGAUCUUCUACCGAUAGACACAAACGCCGAUUCGCCUCCAAGCCAUAUGGAGAAACUUUUCUUGCCAGCAUUGGUCGAUAUAAAGAAAUCAUUGGGCCCAAGUGGGAAAGAUUUCGAAGUGAGAUUAACCCUCAAUACCAGUUUUCCCGGUUCGUUCUCGAAUUUCCGCCAAGCUGGAGGUGGCCGCAGUGGCUCUGGGAGCUCGACGCCUUCAUUCCUAGGUGUUGGAUCCAGCAGCAACACCCCGUCUGUUCCCGUCCUCGAAGAAGUGGUCGUCCAUGUUCCCAUAUCCAAGGCUGUUCGAAAUAUAACCGAUAUGCGCCCGAGUCGCGGUGAGACCAUCUACUCGCCCGGCGACAACUAUCUAGAGUGGCGAAUACCCACGAAAGAUGCAGGCACGGUGUCCGGAACAGCAACAUUACGCUGCACCGUUCUUGGAUACCAAGAUGAUUUAGAUGAAGCUGAAGCGGAAUUAUUAGCUGGCCAGCAAAUGCUACAAGGCUACUACGACGCCGAUUCCUACCAACAAGACCCAACAACCUACACAUCCGAGUCCCAUCCAAGCGGGAAACCCAAAAAACAGCGAAAACCAAAAUCCUCCUCCUCUUCCUCCAAGCCCAAAAAGACAAAGAAAUCAAAAUCAAAAAAGACCACCGCAUCCGCCGCCGUCAUCAUCGAAGGACAGUCGAAUAUAUCCCCAGACAAGCCAUCCCCAUCAGAAACCCCACCUCCACCAGAUCCGCCCUUUAAAGAAACAGCAUCUCGCAAGGAAAAGCUCCUAUCCGCUCUAAUGCCCACCUCGGCAACCGUCUCAUUCUCCGUAAAGGGCUGGUUGCCGUCUGGAAUAAAAGUCGAGAGCCUAAACAUCGAUCCACGGAAGAGCCGGGGUUUGGGCGAAGGGGUUCGACCGUACAAGGGGGUAAAAUAUCUCUGUGUUAGUCGAAAAGGCGUUGAACGACGAUGUUAG